AUGGAAGGACGGAAGGGCAAUCUAGGUGGAGAGAGUAGAGAACAGAGGCCUAGAGGUAAGAACAGUGUGUAUGCUGGCGGCCGGGUGCGGGUUGCGAAGCAGGUGUUAAAGACGUAUGAGCAUCUUCCACCACUUCGAGCUCUAAGCAGCCUCACUCAGGCAUUAGCUUCUCUUGUACAAGCUAGAUUCCUGACCAUGGGGUUCCAGGCCUCAACAGCCACUCUCAUCUCUUUCUCUACCAGUAGAAACAGUCUUAUAAAGUUUGUUGGUAGUGUCACUGCUGCCGAGCUGGAUCGCGAACUGCUGCCCUCACGGCGCCCGCUGGGCACCGUGUCCAAUGACCUGAGAAUUCUGUGCAGCAGCUCCUCCCAGGAGCUGAGCGAGCAUGGGGACCAGCAGUUUGGUGGCGGCAACGAAGAGCAUGAAAGAUUACUGAAGGAAAGCUCGACACUGUAUGUGGGAAAUCUAUCUUUUUAUACAACUGAAGAGCAUGUACUUGAACUCUUCAGUAGAUGCGGUGAUGUCAAGAAUGUAUUUAUGGGCCUGGGUAAAGUCAAGAAAGCGGCAUGUAAUUUCUGUUUUGUAGAAUACCAUAAGAGAGCUGAUGCCGAAAAUGCCAUGUGGUUCCUAAAUGGGACCCGCCUAGAUGACCGUAUCAUCCGCGUAGAUUGGGAUAUAGGCUUUAGAGAGCGCAGACGGUAUGGCCGGUAUGGCCGUGGCCGAUUUCGAGGCCAGGUAAGAGAGGGGCUUCGUUUUGACUUUGAUGCUGGUAGAGGAGGCUUUGGAAAGCAGACUCAGGCCCGUGACAGGAGAGGAAUCCACUAGUGAAAAACCUG